UGGGGUGCUCUAAGUGUCGCCUUUGUCAAAUAUCCCACUGGUAUUUUAGUAGCAUGGGACAAGCAUUCAGGAUGUAUGCUGGCAUGGCAGUUGGCCGGAGUGUGCACAUUUUUUAUCUGGACACUUGGAACGAUGUUUUUGGUGUUUGGCUUUCUGAAACUUACUAAACUCUUUAGGGUUUCUCCUGAAAUGGAGCUCAAGGGUCUGGAUAUCCCAAAACAUGGUGGCCCUGCCUACCCGAUGGAUGCCUAUGGACAUGGGUACUCUGAAAAGAUUUUGGCUGUGGUGGAAAAUGGCCAACUCUCACAAGUGGAGCAAGCAUUUGAGAACGGCAUUUAUGUGAAAGACGAGGGUCCAUACGAACAUCCAGAGUUAAAGGUCAUGGGGAUACACAAAGUUCACAUCACCCCCUCUGUGGUUGAACUAGACUCCAUCAACAGACUACGCAAUGUAAAAACGUGGGAUGAACUUGACAGAAUCAGAGACUCCAUCUCUCCAGCUUCACUGCCGCCACUAUCCUCCCAGACAAGCAGACAGGAGCCAAAGUCCAACUGGGGGAAGAGAAGUGUCAUGUCCCAGCUAGGCGUCAUCAACAAAGUGCUGGAUCUUGCUGAUGAGGGCAACGGAGUUGUCUUAGAACCCAUGGAGAGGACUGCUUUAUAAAGUUUAGAAUCAUGCUGGCGUUGGUUAAAACUGGUUAAGAAGCCUGUAAAGCGUGUCUAAAGAGAUUUUAAAUCUACAUUAUUUUAAUUGUGCAUAGAAUGACUAUAUAAUCAUGUAAUGUAAGUUUUUUAA